GUGUGGAGUUCAACUGGUCUCCCAUCGGGCGCCUCCCCAGGUGGCGGAUAGGGGAACGCCUCCCAGAUAUGGGUGGUACCGGGGAAAUGAAAUACCCGGGGCGGACCAAAACCAGUCAAGAUCACACCGUAACUCCAGACGUGGUCUGGAAACGGGGGCCGUGCGGUUUCGGGGCCGCGGGGUUAGGAGAGCCUCUAUAAAAACUCUUCUACUUAACAAUUGAACGACAAUGGCAGACGGUAAAAAGGCACAACGGUCUACGGUGCAGGGGAGGGACACCCCAGUACCCGUCGGAGAGGGAGUGCUCGAGCGGGCUCUCACCGACGGUCAGCAAGCGACCGCUCGGACAUCAUUGGUAGGCAACCAGGCCGAGAUGUCCAGGAAUGCAACUGGAAGCAUGGAAGAAGAAGAAUCGACAAGGAGAGAGAGCACGGAUGAUGUGGUUUUCAUAGAGACUGAGCAGAAUACUGGGGAGACGACGCCUAUGCGAUCUUCUGGCACUGGCACCACUUCCGACACCACUAAAGCAAGGAAGGAAUUGACAGCUAAAAAGGAAAAAUUUACUUUCCUUAAGUAAAACUCACCUCCACCACCACUAAGAAAAAAUAUUAAACGAAAUGUGCAAGCAAGCCAGCCUCCACCGCCAUCGCAAAAGACAAAUUAUUGAGCUCGUAACUCCUGCCUACGUAGGCACACCUGCAGGGCAGGAAGAAUUCGAAGAGCUCCUCCUAGCUGUAGGGGGUGACUGGGAAGAGCUCUUCAACCUUGGAGCAGAAAACGAUCAGCGAGAGGAGGACAAUCACCCCAAAAUUGUAGUACACUCUGAUAAAGUGAUUAAACCAAUUGCGGCCACGGGUCGCAAAAACCUUAGCCUCCUAAGGAUUCAAGAGGAAGAAAACUUCUCCGAUAUGGAGGAGGAGGAGGCUGAAGCCGUGGCGCAACCGGCGGAACCGGAAAAAAUUGAGGAAUUGAGGAACCAGUUUGAAGAGGCGGCUGGGGGGAUGCGAGAAGAAAUUAGUGCUCUAAAACGUGAAAUAGAGGAAAAGCUAAUGCUUUUAAAGCGGAAUAGAGCAAACGGUGAAAAGCUCAUUAAAACUCUUCAAUCAAAUAUUGAACAUAUAAAAAAACCCAGGAGGAGGUGACUUCAAUAUUAAUAGCCCAAGAGAAGGAACGAAAAUAUUACGAAAACAUAUUAAAAAAUUUGUAAAAUUAUUGUAUUAUUAUUAGUUAUAGUUUGUAAAUAUUUUUAGUUAGUAAAUUGUAAAUUUGUAAAUAGGUAUAUAUUUUUGUUAGUUUAGUUUUUUAUUUAUUAGGUAUUAGUGUUAGGAAUAGCAUUUUUUAAUUUUUAUUUUUUUUUAAUAAAUAGUAGUAUAUCUUCAACAACAACGAACAAUCAAAUCGCCUCGUCCUCCAGAACUGCAACUGGCGAAGCGGCGAUUACAACGUACUACCACAGAAAAUGGUUUAAUUACCAUCAACUUGCUGACGCUAGUUUACCCUCUGGACACUCCAGCAAAUCAGCCAGAAUUUGAAGAAUUUUUUAAUUCUGGAUGCUGGAGUGACUGGAAUAGUCAGCUAGAGUUGGAUCAAGUGUCCCAUGUGAGCGAGGACAUGGAGGAAAACUCUGAGCGUAACAUGGAACAGAACAUGAAAGAGCAGAUGGAUAAGAACAUGGAAAUUAAAAGAAUUUCUAAUAAACUUAUCAGACCGUUAAGCAGGUCAAGAGGAGUGAAGGACCUCAGUCUCCUGAGGGAACCCUUCAUUGAGGACGUUUCUGAGGAAGAAGCCACCCAACCUGAAAUGAGGUUGCAACAAAUGGUGAAAGAAGUUGCAAUCUCAAUUAACGGAGAACGUAUAGAAGAAGAAAUUCGGGCCCUCAAGAGAAAAAUCACUGACAAAGCGGAAGCGCUCAAAAGGAACCGCAGCUUCGGGGAGGACCUUUUGAGGAACCUCGAAGAAGAAGAGGCAGAAAUUCGGUCUAAUAUGGAGCGCCAAAUUUCAUUUGUGAGAAGAAGGCGUCAAAAUAUUCAAAAUAUUUUAGAUAGCCAGAAAAAGGAAGAACUGUUGAAAAAUAUUUUAAUUUAAUUUUUAUUAUUAUUAUUAUUCUUUUUUGUUUAUAUUUUUUGUUUAUCUGUUUUUAAUUAGUUUUUAUAAUAAAUAAUAGUUAGUA